AUGGCGGAGGGUCGUGGCUUUCCUAGCAUGUUGAGUAGCAUUGACUGCCUGCAUUGGCAAUGGACAAAUUGUCCAAACGCGUGGAAAGGUAUGUACAUGAGUGGUUAUCGUGGGGUUGCAACCAUAGUACUUGAGGUUGUAGCAUCUUCAGAUCUUUGGAUAUGGCAUGCGUUCUUUGGAAUUUCUGGUUCAAAUAACGAUAUCAAUGUGUUAGAUCGUUCACCAGUGUUCGAUGAUAUUCUAAAUGACCGUGCUCCAGAGGUAAAUUAUACUAUUAAUGGUAAUAAUUAUACUAUUGGAUACUAUUUAGCAGAUGAUAUUUAUCCUGAAUGGGCUACAUUUGUCAAAUCAAUCUCAAAACCACAAGGGGAGAAACACAAGUUAUUUGCACAAUACCAAGAAGGAUAA